CACAUCCUGUAUUGUAAUAAUAAAUUUUUUUUUCAAAAUAUUCUAGUUGUCCGAUAUCGAUUUUACGUAAAACUAUCUUUAUCAUUAAAUUUGUGAUAAUUAGUUGAACUUUCUUAUCGUCUAAUCUGAUAAUACAUGGUAAAAAGUUUUGUGGACCGAUACAUACUUUGCAUUACUUCGUCUUUCGUUUUUCAUUUUUUGUUUUCUCCAUAUCUGCGUCUAUUUUUUCCAUUCUCUAUUAUCGAUAAUAUUCAGUGUUUGGAAUUGAUCCGAAACGCAUGUGCAGUUCAGCCGUUAUCUCAUCAGGAAUUCGCCGAUAAUCGUUAUAUUGCACUCUAAAAUAUAGUAUUACACAUACCAUUCGUAGUACGGUUCUUCGAAACGAAAAAAUAUUUGAAAAAAAAAAUUGAAAGAAACCCGAAUUUUCGUUGGUGCCGGAGAUCGAACUGUAGUAUAUUGGUAUAGUGCGAAAAAUUAUAAUAACUGUGAAUUUUAAUCGUUGAUUCGUGGUUCACAAUUUCGUAUAAUCGUUCGUCGAGCUCAAUUUUGACAAGAUUACGAAUAUGAGCUCUGGUGACCCGUGGUCUCUUCCGGUCAAGCAGGGCCUUUACGACCCAACUUUAGAAAAAGAUGCUUGUGGUGUUGGAUUUAUAGUUGCCAUCGAUGGAAAACGAUCGCACAAGAUCGUUCGAGAUGCCGAAAAACUGUCCGCGCGUAUGAACCACAGGGGUGCAUGCGCUUGUGAUAACGACAGUGGUGAUGGUGCCGGUGUACUGUGCGCUAUUCCGCACAAUUAUUAUGCUACUGAACUCCGUGAGCAGCAGGGUAUCGAGCUACCCGAAUUCGGGCAUUAUGCCACCGGAAUUUUCUUCCUGGAUAAAGCAACCCACCAACAAACGGAAGCUGCUUUCACCAAGUUGGCUGAAGAAUGCAACUUGCGGAUUAUCAGUUGGCGCGACGUUCCCACGGACAGUGGAACGAUUGGUCAGGUAGCUCGCAAAAGUGAGCCUUACAUCCGCCAAGUUUUUGUCACCGGAGAUCAGGAGACUGAGGAAUUAAACCGCCAGAUCUUCGUACUGCGUAAGCGAGCUUCACACACCAUACCGCAGCCGGGAGUGCGAUUUUACAUCUGCUCACUGUCCCUGAAAACUGUCGUUUACAAGGGACAGUUUACGGCUGAUCAACUAUGGAAGUAUUUCACAGAUUUGUCGUCCCCAAACUUUGAAACAUAUCUAACUUUGGUACACACACGUUUUUCCACCAAUACAUUCCCCAGCUGGGAACGUGCUCAUCCGUUGCGUCUGCUCGCUCAUAACGGUGAGAUAAACACCCUGCGUGGCAACGUGAAUCUCAUGAAAGCUCGAGAAGGUGUCAUGAGCAGUUCGAUCUAUGGUGACAAGUUGAAACAAUUGUAUCCGGUCGUUGAGCCAAAUCUAUCUGAUUCCGGAGCUGCCGAUUGCGUUCUUGAAUUUUUGGUCAUGGCUGGACAACGUACACUACCCGAGGCUGUGAUGACGAUGGUACCGGAAGCUUGGCAGAACGACUUGACAAUGGCUACGGAAAAAAGAGAUUACUAUCAUUGGGCAGCAUGUGCUAUGGAACCGUGGGACGGACCUGCGUUGCUCACGUUCACCGACGGACGUUACGUCGGUGCUAUUUUGGACAGAAACGGCCUGCGCCCGUCGCGCUUCUACGUCACUAAGGAUAACAUGAUGGUGAUGGCGUCCGAGGUGGGCGUCUAUGACACUCCGCCCAGCAAUGUUGUCCUCAAGAGCCGUUUGAAGCCCGGUAGAAUGUUGCUGGUUGACACAGAAGAAAAGCAGAUUAUCCAAGAUGUCGAUCUCAAGAUUCAAAUUGCACGUAGCAGGCCUCACUCUACUUGGCUGAAAGAACAGAGGAUAUCUAUGGAUCAGUUGCGAGAGGCUCAUGUAGCAGUACAUGGUUCAAAUGGCAUAACGGAUAACGGAGGUGUAGAGUUGACAAAGUUAAACGGUACUAACGAUAAAAUUGAUGGUGUUUCUGCUGUAAAUCGCGUCUGGGGUGGAGACAAACGUCUUUCCUUGUACGGAUAUACAAUUGAGACUAUCAACAUGUUGAUCCUGCCCAUGAUCCAAACAAAAAAAGAAGCACUGGGUUCGAUGGGUAAUGAUGCCCCGUUGGCAUGUCUCUCAGAAUUUCAACCUCUGAUCUAUGAGUAUUUCAAGCAACUGUUUGCGCAAGUGACAAAUCCUCCGAUCGAUCCGUUCAGAGAGAAGAUAGUAAUGUCUCUGAUGUGCCCAAUUGGUCCAGUGAGCAAUGUCCUGGAACCAAACGAACUGCAAGUUCAUCGUCUCUUCCUUUCUCAGCCCAUUUUGUCAUUGAAAGAUCUCGAAGUGAUUAAACACACCAAUUAUCGUGGGUGGAGGACCAAGGUGAUCGAUAUCACGUACCCCGCCGAAGACGGACCACCAGGUCUCAUGAAAACUCUUGACAGAGUGUGCAACGAAGCUAACGAAGCCGCUCGUGAAGGCUAUCAACUUUUAGUUUUGUCCGAUCGUAGAGCUGGCCCAGAAAGAGUUCCGGUAAGCACAUUACUUGCCCAAGGAGCUGUACAUCAUUUUCUCAUUGAAGAACGACAAAGAAUGCGCGUCGGUUUGAUAUUGGAAACUGCCGAAGCUCGAGAGGUUCACCAUAUGUGUGUAUUGCUUGGCUAUGGAGCUGAUGCCAUUUGCCCUUAUCUUGUAUUCGAAAUGGCCAGAAGCCUUCGGGCUGAUGGUGUUCUCGAGGAAUCCUUUACCGAUGAUGUCAUGUAUCAGAACUACUGCGAAGCUAUGGAACGUGGUGUUGCCAAGGUAAUGGCUAAAAUGGGAAUAUCAACUCUCCAGUCUUACAAAGGCGCCCAAAUCUUCGAGGCCGUUGGUCUAGCCGACGAUGUUGUUGAUAAAUGCUUCAAGGGCACGCAAUCGCGCAUAGGCGGUGUGACGUUUGACAUAAUAGCCAAAGAGGCAUUUGAAAGGCAUCAAAUGACUUACAUGGAAAAAGCAGUAGACAUGAUGGUUCUGAGAAAUCCUGGAAUUUAUCAUUGGCGAGCGGGUGGAGAGAAACACAUCAACGAUCCCAACAGUAUUGCUAAUCUGCAGGAAGCAGUUGAAUCCAAGAGUAACAACGCGUACGAAAAUUACCGAAAAUCGACAAUGGAGGCAGUCAGAGCAUGCACGUUGCGUGGUCAAUUGGAUUUGAAACCUAUCGAUAAACCAAUACCGAUCGAUGAAAUUGAACCCGCUGCAGAAAUCGUGAAAAGAUUUGUCACAGGUGCCAUGAGCUUCGGAAGUAUUUCACUAGAAGCUCAUACCACUCUUGCUAUUGCCAUGAACAGAAUUGGCGGAAAAUCCAACACAGGAGAAGGUGGAGAAAACGCAGACAGGUAUUUGGGUCAGGAUCCACAAUUCAGCAAACGCUCUGCAAUCAAACAAGUAGCCAGCGGUAGAUUCGGCGUAACUUCUAGCUACUUGGCGAACGCCGAUGAUCUGCAAAUAAAAAUGGCCCAAGGAGCCAAACCUGGCGAAGGUGGUGAACUGCCCGGAUACAAAGUUACGGCAGACAUUGCUGCUACUCGUCAUUCAGUCCCUGGAGUUGGUCUGAUAUCACCACCUCCCCACCACGAUAUCUAUUCGAUCGAAGAUCUGGCGGAAUUGAUUUACGACUUGAAAUGCGCGAAUCCAGAAGCUCGAAUUUCCGUAAAGCUUGUUUCUGAAGUUGGAGUCGGGGUCGUCGCGUCUGGUGUUGCUAAAGGCAAAGCAGAGCACAUUGUGAUAUCUGGCCACGAUGGUGGUACUGGUGCCAGUAGCUGGACUGGAAUAAAGGCUGCGGGUCUUCCAUGGGAAUUAGGUGUGGCCGAAACCCAUCAAGUCUUGACAUUGAAUAACCUUCGUUCGAGAGUCGUCGUUCAAGCGGAUGGUCAAUUGCGUACUGGAUUCGAUGUUGUUGUUGCCGCGCUCUUGGGUGCCGAUGAAUUUGGCUUCAGUACGGCCCCUUUGAUUGCUAUGGGAUGUACUAUGAUGCGAAAAUGCCACUUGAAUACAUGUCCUGUGGGAAUCGCCACUCAGGAUCCUGUACUGCGUAAGAAAUUUGCUGGAAAACCAGAGCACGUUGUCAAUUUCUUAUUUAUGCUAGCGGAAGAGGUACGCACGCACAUGGCUAGCCUUGGUAUCCGCAAAUUCCAAGACCUGGUUGGUCGCACCGAUUUCUUGAGAAUCGCUGGUAGUAACCACGAAAAAGCAAAAACUUUAAAUUUUGCAAAUAUUUUACGUAGUGCGUUAGAACUGCGUCCAGGAAUUAAUAUCAGAGGCGGCUCAGUCAAGCAGGAUUUCCAGCUCGAAAACAGACUGGACAACAAACUUAUUGAAGAAGCUACCCCUAUCUUGCAAGGUCUGAAGAAGAGCGUAAACAUUGAGAUGGCCAUUAAUAACGAAUGCAGAGCUUUUGCUUCUACCCUCAGCUAUUACAUUUCCAAGAAAUUUGGAGAAGAAGGGCUUCCCGAACACAGUAUCAAUAUUAAUAUGACAGGCUCCGCGGGUCAGAGUUUCUGUGCUUUCAUGACAAAAGGUGUUCAUGUCACAUUGGAAGGGGAUGCCAACGACUAUGUAGGAAAGGGUCUUUGCGGUGGGGAAAUAGUCAUCUACCCCCCCAAAGAUUCCGACUUCAACUCCGAAGCAAAUGUUAUUGUGGGCAACGUGUGCCUCUACGGUGCUACUUCUGGGCGUGCAUAUUUCCGGGGUAUUGCUGCGGAAAGAUUCAGCGUACGUAACAGUGGAGCUAUCGUAGUUGUUGAAGGUGUCGGUGACCAUGGAUGUGAAUACAUGACUGGAGGAUGUGCGGUUAUCUUGGGACUUACCGGAAGGAACUUCGCCGCUGGAAUGUCUGGUGGAAUCGCUUAUGUUCUCGAUGUCGACGGGUCCUUCAAGAGCAAAUGUAAUCCUGAAAUGGUCGAGCUGCUGCCGCUGAAUCAGCAGGAUGACAUUGCCUAUGUGAAAGAACUUUUGGAAGAAUUUGUCGAGAAAACUGGCUCUUUGAUUGCUCAAGAUUUACUGAAAGUAUGGCCUGAACCUACUACCAGAUUUGUAAAGGUAUUCCCGUACGAGUAUCAAAGAGCUCUGAAGCAAUUGGCUGAGAAAAAAGAAUCGCAGCUGAUUUUGAAUGGUAAUAAUAAAUCUUCUGAGCCUAGUGUUCAGGAUAUUGAGGACGCAAUUGCUGACGGGGACAUGGAAAAACGCAAAUUAGACAAAAUCCGAGGAUUUGUAAAGUACGGUCGUGAAACUAAAAACUAUCGCCCAGCUGCCAAAAGAUUAGAGGACUGGGACGAGAUAUACAACUUCCAGGGAGUCAGAAAGGGACUGAGGGUUCAAGCUGCAAGAUGCAUGGAAUGUGGGGUUCCAUUCUGUCAAAGUAGUCACGGGUGCCCAUUGGGAAAUAUUAUUCCUAAAUGGAACGACCUCGUAUUUCAUUCCAACUGGAAGGAGGCUUUGAACCAGCUCUUACAGACUAACAAUUUCCCUGAAUUCACCGGAAGGGUAUGUCCAGCGCCGUGUGAAGGUGCUUGCGUUUUGGGUAUCUCAGAACCGGCGGUGACGAUAAAAAAUAUCGAGUGUGCUAUCAUAGAUCAUGCCUUUGAGCAAGGUUGGAUUACUGCGCAACCACCAAAUACAAGAACAGGGCGAAAAGUAGCUAUUGUCGGUUCUGGUCCUUCUGGACUUGCGGCAGCACACCAGCUCAACAAAGCCGGACAUUUAGUCACCGUAUAUGAAAGAAACGAUCGUGUCGGAGGUCUUUUACAGUACGGAAUUCCCACCAUGAAAUUGUCCAAGCAAGUCGUUCAGAGGCGAAUUUCGCUACUAGCGGCCGAGGGAAUUACUUUCAAGACUGGUGUGAAUGUGGGAAAAGAUAUUUCUGCCAAGGAAUUAAGAGAACAGUAUGACGCACUUCUCUUGUGCACUGGAGCCACAUGGCCACGAGAUCUGCCGAUUCCCGGACGUCAGUUUGAAGGAAUACACUUCGCUAUGAGCUUUUUGGAGAACUGGCAGAAGAAACAAAUGGGUAAUACUGCACCUCCGCAGAUGAAACUUAUCGCCAAGGACAAGGACGUGAUCAUCAUCGGUGGCGGAGACACGGGUUGCGACUGUAUCGCUACAUCUCUGCGACAGGGCGCUAAAUCCAUCACGACAUUUGAAAUUCUACCUGAACCUCCGGUAAAAAGAGGGAAGGAUAAUCCCUGGCCACAAUAUCCAAGAGUAUUCAAGGUCGACUACGGUCACGAAGAAGUUGCCCUGAAGUUUGGACGGGACCCACGUCAGUUCAGUACAUUGAGCAAGGAAUUCUUGGGUGAUGACAAAGGCAAUGUUAGUGGAAUUAAAACCGUUACAGUUGAAUGGACUAAGGACGAAGCAGGCAGAUGGAAAAUGGACGAAGUGCCGAAUUCCGAAAAGAUUUAUAAAUGUGAUCUGGUAUUACUUGCGAUGGGAUUCUUGGGACCUGAGAAAUACGUCGCCACUGAAUUAGAAGCAAAACUUGACGGGCGUGGAAACUACGAAACUCCGGGUGGUAAAUUCUCGACCAGUCUUCCUGGAGUGUUUGCAGCGGGAGAUUGUCGGAGAGGUCAGUCUCUCGUUGUUUGGGCAAUAGCUGAAGGAAGGCAAGCGGCAAGGGAAGUUGAUCUGGCUUUGAUGGGGUGUACGACUCUCCCGAGUCCCGGUGGUGUGAUCACGGGAGUUUUGCCCUAAAUGUAACGGUCCUUAUUUCCUGUGAGAUCUAUGCUGCGAGCAGAGAUGUUGAUGUUUUACGAGACACACCUUGUCCGAUGCUGCGGUUGACUUCUUAGAAUUCAUGAUAUUCGUGGCAUCAACAGCUUGGGAGGUAUGUCCUCGAUAGCAGACUGAUUUAUGAUUCCUUGAUUUCGAGAAACAAAAACAAAGAAAACAAAACCAAUAACGCGAAAACUUGUUUAAAGCUCCUUAAAAUCGCAGUAGUGAAAUCAACCAGAUGUCUUCACUGUCAACGUGUAUAUAUAUAGGAGAUAUUGAGUUGUUGUAUCGUCUUACUUGCCACAUUGCGAAAUGGUGUAAAUGUACAUUUUGUUCUAAACAUUGGAUAUCAAAUGCGAACGCGUGUGGUGACAUUAUUUUCAUUUUGAUUAUUAUUUCUCCUUUUUUUUUUCAAUGAAGAGAGAAGUGCUACGGAAUUUUGAUGGCAUAACUCGUAUAAGUUAUAGGAAAAAAAUGAAUAAACGAAUAAAUAAUGCAGCACGCACUUACUGUGGGAGACAAAUAUUACAGCUAUUAAGACAAAUGAAAGGAGACGCGUAUUACAGCACGGCAAGGAUAAAUCGAUUGUUCGGCGUGCCAUGGAGAAAUCUUACGAAUGAUUAUAACAAAAAUUUAAAAAACAAAAUAUCUAUACGUAGAAUCAUUAUACAUAAAUUAUGAAUACAAAAAUAUUAUGCAAAUCAAUGCUACGUCUUGCAUUCCCGUGAUUGGAAGGGCCGAAAACUAUUGAGAUCGAUUAGCUGUUAGUCAAGUUUUCGGGAUCGAUAAUUCAAAUGAUCUGGACUACGCUCUAGAAUGUAUAGGUUGUAUUCUAUAAAUUAAUCACAUCUGUGAUUGGUCUACUGUUUUUUUUCCUCUGUUUUGUUCCGAGUAUUUUCGUUUUGUAAUUUUCCUAGCUCAUGUGGAAUAUCAAUAUAUAUAUAGGUUUCAACUACUAGAUCGUGUGAUCGAUUUACAGUAUAAGUAAUUUAUUUAUAAAAUAGUAUGAAAUGUAUGUAAAAAUAUUCAUUAAAACAUUAUUAUGAUUCUUA